AGCUGCAUUUUAUCCUCUCAGAUCUCAGGAUGUUGCUCCAUUCACUCUGAGGUGUAACUGAGUGCAAACCCUCAUCAGAGCAUAGAGAGGCCACGUGCAAACAAAAGACGGACUACGUUUUUCCAAGGCAGACUUGGGAGGUAAAAAGCUGUGUUUCGUCAACAAGAGGAGUUGUGUAAAGUGACCGGACAUCAGUGUGGAAAGAACAUAACAACCGACCCGAGUGGACUGGAGACCUUGAGCUGGAUAACAACCUUUCCUGUUGGUCAGUGUUUCCAAGACCGAGGACUAUCAUCACAAAAUCCUGCUUUGGCUCAAGCUCCUGCAGCUGAGAAGAAAACUGUGCAGGGGCCAGGAUGCGUAUGAUCCGCUUUCUCUGCGUAGCCUCUCUGCUGCUCUCGGUGCUCCCAUUCAUCGAGACGAAACGGUCCGGGAGGGGCAGAGGCCUUAAAGGAUUGAAAAAUAAACAUAGACGUGACAGAGCCAGGGUCCGAGGUGUUGGCCGUCACAGCAGAUCGGGACCCUUCAAGUUUGCGACAAACUGUUCAGAGUCAACAGACUCCGGAGAGGUUUUUGUGGAUUGCGAGCGUCGAAAUCUCGUGUCCAUCCCCACCUCAGACAUCUGGUCCAGGGCGCCCAAGCACCUCCUUUUAGCCCAGAACCAAAUCAAAGCCGUCCGUGAUGGGGCAUUUCUUGGAUAUCACCGUUUAGUCAGUCUGGACCUUCAGCAGAACCAGAUUUUUCUUGUGGAAGAAGGAGCUUUCAUGGAUUUGAAACAUCUUACAACCCUUCUUCUGCAACACAACCAGCUGAGAACACUCAGCGAGGAGGCUCUCAUACCCAUGCCAGACCUUAGCUACUUGCGUUUAUAUGACAAUCCCUGGAAUUGUCUGUGUCCAAUGGAAAGCCUCGUCCGUACUCUUCAAGUUCCAAGCAACCGUAAUCUAGGAAAUCAUGCCAGGUGUGCAGAGCCCAUCAGGCUCAAAAAUAGGAAGCUGAAGAGGGUCGACCCUGAGUUACUCUGUAAGGAAUUAGACACCAGUGUCAACGUAAAUAGCAAUUUAACCAACUUUUUGGAGCCCAGUCCAAUUCGUAGCAAAUCCGAUGCUACCACACUUUGCCAUACCUACAUUUUCCCUCGAAUAAGGAUGGAGUGCAGCAAACGGGGUCUGACUGAAGUGCCCUCAGGUAUCCCAGAGGACGUUGUUCAGGUUGAUUUGUCUCAUAAUUCCAUCCGUCACCUCAGACCCAACAAUUUCCGAGAAGCAAGAAGUCUCAGAAUCCUUAACCUCAGUAACAACAACAUGGAGCACAUCGACAAAGGUUCUCUGUCUGGCCUCUUGCAUCUUCGUGAGCUUGACCUGUCAGACAAUAACCUGCACUUCAUUCAGUACGGGGUUCUUGAAGACCUCUACUUCCUGUCACAGAUAAAACUGGGAGGAAAUCCCUGGGUGUGCAACUACAGCAUCCACUACAUGGUGUACUGGCUGCGCCUGCAUCCGGGAGUGAGGGACUCCGGCCUUUUGUGUCACUCUCCUCUUGAGCAUACUGGAGAAGAUGUGGAGGAAUAUGUUCAUUCCUACAACAGAGAGUGUCCAAAGGACAGACAGCUCAGCAGAAAAGAUCACGACCAAACAGACCCCGAGCUUUGGGGCACAGCGAUGGAAGUACAAGCAGAGCUGGAAGAGGACCUGGAGCCGAGCCACUUGAGAGUGCCAGAGAAAUACCAACUCAUCAGACUGUCUUGACUCCAAUACAAAUAUGAUCUAUAUAUUGACACUAAUAAGGCUAAGUCAUAACUCCCUUUCAAUGUUCUAAAAUAGUCUGUAUCGGGUUGAAAAAUUACUUUUUAUCGCUUUGGUGUGUUGCCCUUACUUUUGCUGAAUUCAAAAUAUAAGAAAUAACACUAUACGUGUUUUGGACCAUGCAAACCAAUAGACAGUGUAAAGACCAAAAUGCUUAAGGUAAUCAUAACAAGCAAUAUGAUGAGCAAAAACUCAUUGAUGCAUUUUCAGGAUGAGGCAUUUCAAAGCACCCAUGUAUGUUCAGUUGAUGGCUCUGCAGAUGUAUCGUUUUUGUCUUUCUUUGCCUUGAUGUUGGUCCAACAAGGGUAAAAAUGUUUUAGCAAUGACUUUUUAAAAACAAAGCUGCUCUUUGUCGGUCCGGACCUGACUCCAAAACAUGCCUGGCUGGAUGAUAGAUGAUAGAUUUCCAUGUGCAACCUAUUUCAGCAAAGUGUAGCCGGUUUCUUCAUUCUAAGUACAAAAAAAAUCCGAUCUGACAGGAAAGAAUAAAUCACACAAAUACUUUUGAUUAUCAGGAAAGUUGUCAGGUAGAAUGUUGUAAAACAGAAAUACACCCUGAAACAAAGAAACUUUUUUUUAUAAAGACUGUUUGACUGCCA